AUGGCCUCAGACAUGCACAUGCCAGGCCCGGUGUGCCUCAUUGAGAACACUGACACACAACUAGUGGUUAACCCAGAAGCUUUGAAGAUCCUGUCUGCCAUUACACAGCCUGUGGUGGUGGUGGCCAUUGUGGGUCCCUACCGCACAGGCAAAUCCUACCUGAUGAACAAGCUGGCUGGGCAGAAAAAAGGCUUCUCUCUGGGCUCCACGGUUCAGUCUCACACCAAAGGCAUCUGGAUGUUGUGUGUGCCUCACCCUAAGAAACCAGACUACACCCUAGUUCUGCUUGACACUGAGGGGCUGGGAAAUGUAGAGAAGAAUAGCAACAAAAGUGACUCCUGGAUCUUUGCCCUGGCAAUACUGCUGAGCAGCACCUUUGUGUACAACAGCAUGGGGACCAUAAACCAGCAAGCCAUGGACCAACUGUAG